AUGAAAGGAAUUCUGCUUGCUGGGUUUCUCCUUAAAAAUAUUCCUGUCAUUAGUGACAAAAUCCAGAUUAAGCACACAUGGUCUGCAUCUCUGAGAAGCAUAGCCUUUUCUGUUAUUUUGGUUUGUGCUGGGCUUGGACUUGAUUCAAAGGCCCUGACGAAGCUGAAGGCUGUGUGCCUACCAUUAUCCAUAAGCCCUUGUCUUGUUGAGGCACGUUCAUCUGCUAUUCUUGCCCACUUCUUAAUGCACCUACCUUGGCAAUGGGGAUUUAUCUUAGGUUUUGUUCUAGGUGCUGUGUCCCCAGCUGUUAUGGUGCCCUCGAUGUUCAUUUUGCAAGGAGGUAGAUAUGGUGUUGAAAAAGGUGUCCCUACUUUGCUUAUGGCUGCUGGUAGCUCUGAUGAUAUUCUAGCUAUAACUGGCUUCAAUACAUAUUUAGACAUGGCUUUCUCUACAGGUAAAUACUUAAUAACUCAUAUUCUUUGACUCCUGAAAUAUAGAAAAAUUGUUACAAGA